AUGCAAUUAAUGAAGAGCGUACCGCCUGCGGAGACACAGGCAACGAUAAUAGUUGUGUGGUUGCCUCCGGGCGGUGACCCAAUUUGUGACGACGGUGGGACAGAGUUAAAAGGAGAAGGCCCAAAGACUGGCGGGAACUGGCCAUGUUGGGGAGUGGGUGGCAGGGAAUAUGCUCGUGGUGGUGCUGCUGUAGUUGGAGGUAAUAUUGGUUGCGGAGUUGGACCAUAUGUUGGAACCCGCGGAGGCGCUGGAGGUAUAAUGGUAGUUGGUGUUGGUGAUGGUGGUGUUUUAUGCGGUGGUGGUGAGUUUGGGGAUGGAACUGGACUAAUGGUGGGACUUGGUGGAGAUACAAGUUGCGGUGCUGGAGCUGGAGCAGUGUGCGGUUUUGGUGGCGGAACAGAACCGUUCGAGGGGGUUGGGCCUGUUGGCGGAGAUGCUGCAACUGGUGGGGGCGUUGGGGUUGGGCCAUUAUUCGGUGUUGGCGGUGGAAAUGAAGGUGGUACUGGUUCAAUUGGUUGUGAUCUUGGUGGUGAAACCGGACUGAUUGUAGGAGUUGGAAUUAGAUUGCAUUCAGAAAUUAUAUUAUCGUUACUUGGUACCAAAUAUCAGUUGGGUGCAUGCCUGAGUGGAGAUUGUCGGUUCCUUUUGUCACUCUUCUGA